AUGGGGCAUCUCGCCACCCUCGUGCUGUUAUGUCUGCCAGUCUGCUCAGCGUAUCCACUGAACGGAGCAGCGAGGAAGGAGGACUCGAGCAUGGAUUUUGUGCAGCAAUACCUGGAAAACUACUACAACCUUGCAAAAGAUACGAAACCAUUUGUUAGAAGAAGGGACGGUGGUCCUGUUGUUGAAAAAAUCCGAGAAAUGCAGAAGUUCCUCGGGUUGGUGGUGACCGGGAAGCUGGACUCGGACACUCUGGACAUGAUGCGCAAGCCCAGGUGUGGCGUUCCUGAUGUUGGGGACUUCACCACCUUCCCUGGCAUGCCCAAGUGGAGGAAAACCCACCUUACUUACAGGAUUAUGAAUUAUACACUGGAUUUGCCGAGAGAUGCUGUGGAUUCUGCCAUUGAGGACGCUCUUAACGUCUGGAAGGAGGUGACUCCACUCACUUUCUCCAGGACUGAUGAAGGGGAGGCUGACAUCAAGAUCUCUUUUGCAGUUAGAGAUCAUGGAGACUUUAACUCUUUCGAUGGAUCAGGACAUGUUUUGGCUCAUGCCUACCCUCCGGGGCCCGGCUUUUAUGGAGACGUUCACUUUGAUGAUGAUGAACUAUGGGUGGAGGAUAAAUCAGGAACCAACUUAUUCCUGGUUGCUGCUCAUGAACUUGGCCAUUCCCUGGGUCUCUUUCACUUGGCCGACCCUCGCGCUCUGAUAUACCCGGUCUACAACGCACUCACAGACCUGGCCCGCUUCCGCCUUUCUCAGGAUGACGUGGAUGGCAUCCAGUUCCUGUAUGGACCUCCCCCUGUCUCCCUGGAUGACCCCGUGGCACCCACGGAAUCUGUGCCUUCAGGACCUGAGACCCCAGCUGCGUGCGACCCCACUUUGUCCUUCGACGCAAUCAGCACUCUGAGGGGAGAAAUCCUGUUCUUUAAAGACAGAUAUUUUUGGCGUAGAACUCACUGGAGCCUUGAACUUGAAUUUCAUUUGAUUGCUACAUUUUGGCCCUCUCUACCCUCAGGCUUGGAUGCUGCAUAUGAAGUUACAAGCAAGGAUAUCCUUUUUGUAUUUAAAGGAAAUGAGUUCUGGGCCAUCAGAGGAACUGAGGUACAAGCAGGUUAUCCAAAAGACAUCCACACCCUGGGUUUUCCCACAACCGUAGUGAAAAUUGAUGCAGCCGUUUCUGAUAAGGAAAAGAAGAAAACGUACUUCUUCGUAGGGGACAAAUACUGGCGAUUUGAUGAAAACCAGUCCAUGGAGCAAGGCUUCCCCAGACUAAUAGCGGAUGACUUUCCAGGGGUUGAGCCGGAGGUUGAUGCUGCAUUUCAGGAAUUUGGAUUUUCCUAUUUCUUCAGAGGAUCGUUACAGUUUGGGUUUGACCCCAAUGCCAGGAUGGUGACACAUACAUUGAAGAGUAACAACUGGUUAUAUUGUUAG